AAAUCUGGGACGAGAUAUAAAAGACAAGAGGAUGCUUCAGUGCCAGUGAGGGAGACUCAUAGGUAUAAUUCCCAGACAUGUUUAAUCCUGUAUGUAAAAUUAGAGGAUAGAAUCUGCCUCUGAGAGAGAUCUCAGUUGAACUUUGACCAUGAAGAUAAGUUGUGCAGCCUUUCUGCUCCUCAUCCAAACAUUGCAAUGUUUGGCUUCAGAUGAUUCUCCAUUUCAACUAACCAACACGGCCAAUGGGUUUUGUUUGGUUCAAACCAAUAAUCUUUGUAACGAACUACGCUGGACCACCGGUGACCGACUUCUGGUUCACCAAAGGAAGAAGUGCCUAGGUGUCCAGGGGAAAAGUGUUGGGAGUGAAAUAAGCCUCUACGAUUGUGAUGAAAACAGUGAUCUCCAAAAGUGGGAAUGCAAGAAUGAAACCGUGCUGGCCCUCAAAGACCAGGAGCUUUACAUUGAACUCACUGCUGAUAACACAGCAGUUCUCUCCAGAACAGUGGGACCCAAGAACCAUCUCACUAUUUCAGGGACGUCCAGUGGGGCUUGCUCAAGAACGUUCAGAGAACUUUAUUCCAUUGGUGGAAAUGCAGCCGGGAUGCCGUGCAUGUUUCCCUUCCUGUACCGAGACCAGUGGUACACAGACUGCACUACAACCGUCUCUUCAGGAAAUCAACUCUGGUGUGCCGUGGAAACAAGAUAUGAGAGUGAACGCUGGGGCUACUGCCCAAUUACUUCCAAAGAAGACUGGAAUGUGCACCCAACAACAGGAGCAUACUACCAGCUCAACAUACCGUCAGCUCUUACUUGGUCCCAGGCUGAAACCAGCUGCAGACAGCAGGGGGCGUCCUUGCUUAGCAUGACUGAUCCUCACGAGCACGCCUAUGUAACAGCUCUACUCGGGAAAGGGGGCAGUAAGGUUUGGAUUGGGCUGGUUUUGGAUCCAGAACAUGGUUGGAAAUGGUCAAAUGGGAGGCCUUACCGCUAUAUGAAAUGGGACUCAGGACAUCCACUUCCUGAUCCUGGGCACAACUGUGCACUUGUUGAUCCUGCUGUACAAUACGUUUGGCAAAGUUCCUCCUGCAGCAAGAAACUGGGGUAUAUCUGCUACAGCAAAGCAGCUGAAAGUCAGCCUCAAGCUGUUGAGACAGGAUUUUGUUCAAGCCCUUGGAUUCCCUACAAUGGCCACUGCUUCUACCUUAACCGUACUCAGAAAACAUGGCCUGAUGCUCAGAGAGAGUGUCGUAACAGAGCUGGAGACCUUGUCAGCAUCAGCAAUGUAGAGGACAAAAGCUUUGUCAUCUCUCAACUUGGAUACACGUCCACUGACGAGCUUUGGAUUGGGCUAAAUGACAGGGAAACAGAGGGGCUGUUUGAGUGGAUUGACCACUCUACGGUCAGUUUUACUAGCUGGGAUUUUGGGAAACCCGCAGUCUUCAAUGAGAUAAAGGACUGUGUUCUCAUCCAGGGAGAAAAUGGGAACUGGGCUGACCGUGCAUGUGUGGAAAAACACGGCUUCAUUUGUAUGAAGCUGAGUGCCACAAAAUCCACUGGAGAUGAAGUGGAGCUGGAUGCAGGCUGCAAACCUGGGUGGAGAAGACAUGGCUCAUACUGCUACUUAAUAGGGACACAGACCAAAACUUUUGAUGAAGCUAUGGAUGGCUGCAAGAGCUCAGAUUCUUACUUAGCUGAUGUUUCAAAUGGGGUGGACAAUGCGUUCCUUGUCAGUUUGGUUGGAAUGAGACCAGAGAAGCACUUCUGGUUAGGGCUUUCCAACCAGAAGCAUGGUAAUACAUUUGUAUGGACCAACACAAACACAGUGACAUUUUCACACUGGAAUGCUAACAUGCCCGGUCACCGACAGGGCUGUGUUGCCAUGAGAACUGGCAUUUUUGCUGGCCUUUGGGAUCUCCUACCCUGCACCAAUAGUGAGAAGUACAUCUGCAAACACCUGGCAGAGGGAGCAUUUGUAACCCCUGCGCCAUCUAUUCUUACCACCCCUCCAAAAUGUCCCCCUGACUGGACUCGAAUGGAAACAAGAAACAUUUGUGUAAAGUUGUUUCCAGAUCGCCUAAACAGGAGGAGGACUUGGUAUGAGGCCAAAGAUUACUGCAGGGCCAUCGGGGGAGACCUGCUCAGCAUCCACAGACAGGCUGAGCAAGAGACGAUACGAGGUCAUGACGAUGUCUGGAUUGGAUUAAGUGCCUCUGACUCAGGCAGUGGUUAUGUAUGGAGCGAUGGAUCGCCACUGCAGUUCCAGCACUGGUAUGGUGAUGAGCCAAACAAUAAAAAUAACGUGGAAUUCUGCGUUAAAUUCAAGAUGGGCUUAAAGACUUAUUUUGGAGGGUCAUGGUGGGUUGUACAUUGUGAGACAGACCUUGGAUGGAUCUGUCAGAUUCCUACAGGAGUGACUCUAAAGCCACCUCCAGACCCUCCUCCUCCUGCCUACAAUCGGACUUCUGAUGGAUGGAAAGAAUGGAAUGGGAAUCAGUAUUUCAUUUCUCACUCAAGUAUGGCCAUGGACAAUGCUCGUUACUUUUGCAAAAUGAGGCAUGCUGACUUGGUUACUAUCAACAGUGAAGCUGAAAAUGUCUUUCUGUGGAAAAUGAUGCAGCGAAAUCAUAGGUCCCUCUGGAUUGGCCUGACUGUAGAUCUCGACAGAACAUACGGGUGGAUGGACGGUUCUCCAGUGGUGUUUCAACGGUGGGAUGAAGGUCAACCUCGUUUCCUGAACAAUGAUGAAAACUGUGCUGUCAUGACUCAAUCACUAGGGUUUUGGAUAGAUAGUAAUUGUGGGUUUAUGCAUGAAUUCAUCUGUAAGCGCAAUGGCACACCACCUGCUCAUGCCACUGUGGGACCAACUGCUCUUCCAAGAGGUGGCUGUCCACAAAACUGGAAAAAGUUGAACUCGAAGUGUUACACCAUUAUUAACAAGCAAAGGAAGACAUGGGAUGAAGCAAGAACACACUGCAAAUCCAUGGGAGGAAAUCUGGCAUCAAUUCUUUCAAGACAUGAACACGUGUUUCUGACCACAACAAUCGCAAAGGCACCAACCACAGACCUGUGGAUUGGUUUAAACACUAGAAAUAGUUAUGAAUGGUAUUGGACUGAUGGUCGACCGUGCCAAUACAACAACUGGAGACUGAGUCCCAACUAUCACCACAUGUCUAGAGGGAUAGGCCAGUGUAUUGUUCUGACGAGUGACAAUCAGGACUUGGGGAGUUGGAGAAGCAAGUCCUGCAAUGACACCAAUGGAUAUGUCUGUCUUCGUAGUGUUGACCCAUCUUUACCAGACUCCCCUGAACCAACAACUACUGACUAUGUCAAGAUUUUCAACGACUCUGUCAAGGUUAUCACUCAACAAAUGACCUGGAGUGAAGCCCAAAAGCUCUGCAAAAGCGAAGGUGCCUCACUGGCUAGCCUGAGAAAUGUUUGGUCAAAGACAUACAUUGACCUGAUGAGUCUGAAUGUCAACGGUCCUGUGUGGAUUGGACUGAACGCGAAGCAGACCGGCGGAUAUUACAGAUAUAUUGAAGGCUGGCAUCUCACCGAAGUCAAAUGGGGUCCAAUGGAACCACAUAGUGACCGACCUUGUGUGUAUGUGGAUGUGGAUGGACUAUGGAAGACUUCUGACUGCCAGCAGAAACUGGCCAGCAUUUGUAUGAAGACUACAGAUGUGCCACCAACAGAUUCAACCAACUACCCUGGAUUUUGCCCUGAUGAUCCAGAGACACCAUGGGACAUGAGAUACAAUAGAUUCAGACAUAUGCUCAGCUGGCAGCCUUUUAAGGGUAACUGUUAUCUAGUCCAGCAACAAUCAAAUAAUUGGCCAGAAGCUUCUACUUACUGUGCAGCACAUGGUGGAUCUCUUGUCAGCAUUGCAGAUCCCUCAGAGCAAGCCUUCAUCCUGAGUAUUAUUCAAGUGUUUAAGGACAGCCAGGACACGUACUGGAUUGGCUUGUAUAAAACUCACAGAGGCCAGUGGCUGUGGUUUGACAAAACAGUUGUGGACUACACUAACUGGGAUAAUUUUGAACCUAAUGCCAGAAGUUAUGCAGCAAUCUCAGCUUUGAAUGGGAAAUGGAGGGCAACUAAUAGCUAUAGAAACGCCUUCAUUUGCAAAACCCCUAAAGUAUCACCACAGGCAACACCAACUGCUGCAAAUCCUACGGUGAAUCUUCAAAUCCAUAGCAGCAACAUCCUUCCAGUAGUCCUGGUCAUUUGUGGGACUGCACUAUUCAUAGUCAUCGUCGUCAUGGUCUGCCUCAAGAAGUCUGGCCGCAGCUUUCCUCUCCCUAAAAUGCCAUCAACCUUUCACAACCCUCUCUUCUCCAACAGCGAGCAGUCAUAGCCUGUUCUAGUCGACAGGAAUGAAGUGAUAGGAAAAGUAGGAAUUUCAUUUUGAAUUUCACCUUUUGAAACUAACUGGCUUUAUAACCAAAUGAAGAAGCUGCAAGGUGCCAUUUAGUAAACACAUCUCUAUUUGUAAAAAUGUGUAAAACAUCUAAGAUUUUACUUGACUGAGAGGAGAGUAUUUCUCUGCUCUCAGCUGCAGCAGAUGGAGGACUUUUUGGACCCGUCCGGGGCCAUCAAGCUCUCUUGUGGCUGCAAAAGGAGUAACGCUAGUCCAGUGAUACCCCACCUCUCUCCCCUAAAAAGGACUGAAUUUGGACUGACCAUUUAGUAUAUUUUUCUGUUUAAACCUAUCUGAAUCAUUGAAUCUUGAUUUUUAUGCUUAUGCUCUUGCUAAAUUUGCAAUAAAAAAUAUAAACUGCUCUAAAGUCA